AUGGCACCUACUAUCCGCCGAAAGCCCCUUCCCAGCAGGAUAUGCACUGAGCCUCGCGCUUCGAGUACGCCUUCGUCAGUCAAUUCGCAAUCGGCUUCCCUAAUUCAAUUCGAAGACUAUGAACUGGACCUGGGCUUGUUCACAAACUCGCAUCCUGCUGCCGAGCAUCAAUCACUACUGUUUGCGUCUGAUUCCGUACCGUCCACGGCUAUUCCACAGUACCCUGGGCAUUCACAUUCAGCCCACAUUUCAGCGAAAUCGUUGAAGGGUGCAGAUAGUUCCAACAGUGUUAUUGAGCUUGGUGCGCCACCUAUACAAUACGUCUCAUGGGGAGUUGACUGGAGGAAACCUACCUUUAUCUGUGUUGCUCUGGUCUGCGCUUUAUCACUUUCUCUCGGCCACCAUUUCUACUAUUCGUCCUUGAAUAGCAAAAUUGCGGGCGAUGAAGCGAAACAAGCUUGGACUAUCCGAUUCGGAACAGGAUUUGCAUUUCUCAUCGUCUUGUCCUUGCAUGCUGCUACGGCUGUGGCAUUUGGACAGUACGUUUGGACAGUGGUGAAACGAACCCCCUUAACGCUCGAAAGCCUAGACACACUGUACUCCCUCACAUCUGAUCCAUCUGGCAUAUUCAGCUUUGAACUUUUCAGCUCAGCUAAAGUGGCACUUCUCUUCGCAUUGACCUUUUGGUCCGUCGGCCUUGUAGGUAUCACUCCUCCGGCCACUUUGACCGUAAUUGCUCGAAAUAUUACAUAUUACGACGUUCCUGUACCGAUUCUCGACCUUUCGCAGACUGGCUGGGAAAGGGUGCAGGAGGUGUGGAAUCCUGGCUGGAUUACAUAUACAAUUGCUACUCAAGCUGCGAUAGGUCUCGAAGUUGUGGCCCUUCCACCUCCUGUCGCAAGUCAAGAUUGGGCUUAUGAAAUAGAGUUCCUUGGUCCCACCACCCGGUGCGAGCUGGCUAGUCCCGAGGAGCAGGCGGUUUUCGAUAAUGUUUCUCUAUCCUUCGAGUCGAAUAAUCUAAUUUUUAACUAUCUGCAACUAAACGAUGCCAUCUGGAACAAUACUAUAAACUGGCAGGGCCCGAUGGGUACGCCUAUCAGGCUGUUUUAUUCCAGUUGGGCAUACUCAGACCUGAAUAGCUUUGGAGUCGGACCAACAGAUUGGUUCCCGGAUUGUGCAGGGUGUCGCGACAGUUCGUAUUCCUCCAAUCAGGCCAUUUAUAUCCAGACCUCAACAGCGAGUAUCGUUUGCUAUGAGAGCAAUGCCUUAUUUACUAUAACCAUACAAUCGGUCGGUGGACAGCAGCAAAUCACCCAAACUGAUAUUCGCCCGGCUCCCAAUACUACGUCAUCUUCACCUGCAAACUCAGCGCACUAUUUAGCACUCAGCGCGCUACUAAUGGGUAAUCUGACCCUUAGCUACCUGUUCAUUAUGGAUCCUGGACCCACUGCCUCCUAUAAGGACCAAUGGAUGAUUAACAGUGGUGAUACGCAAAUGCUAUCAACUGGUUUAAUAGCAUGUAACGAUAUACAAGCGAGUCCUUGGGUGAACCUUUCAAACAAGGGUGAUGGUAGCCCGGACACUUGGCCAAAUUAUGGCGCACUCGUCAGCUGGCGCCAGAUGUUCCAGAAUACGUUCCCUUCCGAACCUUGGAUGUGUCGAAAUCAGACCUUUCUUCGAGCCAUCGAAGACCUUGCAAACAACAUUACCAUAAGCUAUCUCAGCUCGCCAGAGCUAACAAAUACCAACACGACAUUCAAGACGAUCACGACAUCUAACAGCAGUAAUUAUUACCAGUAUCGGCCUCUUUAUCUCGCUUUACCUUACGGAAUAGGCCUUCUUUGCGUAUCUAUCGUUGCAACAAUCGGCUUAUAUUCCAUCCAUCUCAACGGCGUGACCCAUUCUAUGAACUUCUCAUCUAUUCUAGCUACGACACGCAAUCCGGACCUGGAUGUUCUCACGCGUGGUGCUUCGCUUGGUGCAGAGCCGCUAAAGACGGAUAUUAGCAAAGUAAAAUUGAGGUUCGGACCUCUGCUAGACUCCAAGGAAGGGGAGAGAGGAGAUGAUGACGAAGGGAUUCAUGUUGGAUUUGGACGUGCAAAUAAAGUUGGGACUUUAAGGAAAGGAAAGAGUUACAUAUGA